AUGAUGUCUCAAACCCCAACCCUCUUAUCCAUUCUCGCCUUCCUCCCGCUGUCCCUCACAUCCGGCAUCCCAGCCGUCGAGGUCAACUUCUACACCGAUGAAUGCCUAUCCUGGGUCGACACCAGGACGAUGUACUACGACAUCUCCCCGAUGGUGAAUAGUCUCAGAGACCGGACCUGCCAUAACAUCUACGUUCCCCCGGGCUCAACGCAUUUUAAUGUGGCCAGCUGCUUGAUGCAGAACGGAACGCAGUCGUAUAACCCAUUUGAUUGCACGUGUUUCUUCUGGACUUCCUUCAACUGCAGUACCGGUCCGGAAGCUAUUUUGUCAUCGCAUGAGAACGAUUGGCAUUGUCGCGAGGGUGCGUCUAGUUUUGUGAGUUGGCGUUGCGUGGGGUCGGAUACUUCUUGA